GAUGCAUUCAGAUCAAAAUUAUAAUAAUAUAAAUAUAUCACCAAUCAUAAAAAAUUGUUGAUUAUCUUGUUGUGCCUCUACAUUCGCAGAAGUACUUACCUACUUCAUUAUUCGUGUAUCGACGCCAUACUGAAAAUGUUGUAUAAAUAUUUUUUGGUGGUUUUUAGUCUUUAUGUAAUGGCGAAUGCCCUGAGUGACGAAGAACAAUUUGCUGAGUUUAAACAAAAGUUCCAGAAAUCUUACGGAUCCAAAAAGGAGGAACAAUAUAGAUUUGAAACAUUCCAAAAGAACUUACGAUACAUCGAAAACCACAACCAAAAGUUUGUGAACGAAGAAGUUACUUAUUCUAUGGCAGUAAAUGAAUUUUCCGACCAAUCAGCUGACGAAUGGGCUACGAAAUUCCAUGGCUUGAUACCACAAGAAAAUUAUGAACCGUGAUCAUCCUUCUUAACUGUAUCUACCAAAAAUUACUUACCAUUUGUGAUAAAAACAGACAAAAUAUAUCUAUGUACCUAUCAUAUUUUAAAGUUACGAUUUAGGGGAGUGCAUAUAGAUUUUCACUUCGGAAAAAAUCAAACAAGAUAGAACUUUUUGUAAUUUCAUUAAGAAAUGUUAAUAAACAACAUAUCAAAAAGUUCUAUUCGAGAAGUGGGUGCUUCAUUUUUAAUUAAACAAAUGAACUACGAAAUUAGAUGGUUUUUUUAAACAACUCCGAAAAUAUAAAUUUUAGAAAAAAACUGACUUGACCAUUGAAAAAUUCAGAAAAUUUUACAAAAAAAACCUUAUAUAAAGAAUGUUCUAAAAUGAAAUCUGUAUCCUCUAUAAUUUUUUAUUUAUAACGCUAAAGUCACCCUUCUCACAAACAUUGGCGCACUGUAAACUAUGCACUGUAAGUGCAUGGUUGAGUUAUUUUAAUGUAAUUCUUUAACUAAUGGAUCAAAUAAAAUUUUACAAAUUGAGCAUGAAAGAAGAAUAAUUAAUCUAUAUUAUGGUUAUAAUAGAAAGGAAUAAAAUGUAUGGUCAUAAGUACGGUGUGGGCGGAAAAUGAGCCUUACAUGAAUGUUGUUUAAAAAUGAUUUAAAAAUGUGUAACUAAUACAAUUUUUCUUAUAAAACUCUCAAUUUUGCACAAUUUACCUUACAAGCAUCUUACUAAAUGAUGUUUCAUUCAAAAAAAAAUCUCAAAAAUUUAAUUCAAAUGAUAUGACGUCUCAAAAAAUGUAAUUUUUGAAAUCUUUGUAGUUUUAUAGAAUUACCACCACUUUAAGAUGGUAUUACUUAAGUUUGAACAGAUCUAUUACAGUUGUAUAAAUAUUUUUUUUAAAUCUUAGGAUGUAAUCUUUAAAAUGCACUAAAUUAUUUUACUUUAGAAAUAAAAUAAACUAUUUCUUUUUGAGAAAAUUAAGAAAGAUAACAAAAAUGUAAUACAAAAACCGAAAAUUACCAGCUAAAAAAAUGUUUAUACAAAGUGAUCAAAACUUUUUUCUGUAAAACUUACCUAAAAUACAUUUAAUAAUAAGCUUCAACAAUAAUAAAUGUUCAGUAAAAAAAUGUUGUUUUUAAUAUUCUGGAAUAUAAAGGUACUUUACUCUUUAACGUAAUUCAUAUUUUUGACAUAACUCAUAUAAAAUUGAUAAAAUUUGAUAUCUGAUGGUUAAGUUUUAGAUUUUUGACUAUCCAGAGCAUUUUAUGAAGAAUAACUUUUUUUCGUAAAAUUGAUAAUAAAGAAGUUUUCCAUGUGGUUCCUAGCUACGCAUACAUACUGUAUAAAAGAUUAUGUAUAAGAAUUUUCAAAUUGCAAUGCCAUAUUCGGAUUCAGCAUAAUCAAAAACAAAAUAGAAACAUAUUUGAUCAAAGUAAAAUGAUGAAUUUAACGAUAUUUUUAAAAUUAUUUAUACAAAACAAUUGUUAUUGUUUAAACAAUUAAUAAACUAUUAGCGGCCAAAUCUGCCAGUAGAACUUUUUACUUUAACAAGUAUAUAAACUAACAAAAAAAGUUUUAGAAAAAUACAAGAUUGUUUGAAUUUUUCCGAAACAAUGCAUGUUUUCGUUCUAAUUGCACUCCCCUAAUUACUGUAAAGUUACUAUUACUAUUUUUAAUAAUAUGUUUGAAAUAAAUGUUUUAUUCCAACUUACACCAAAAA